UACUUCCAGCUAUGAAAAUAACACCCAACCAUCCUCAUCAACAAAACAAUAUUUUCAUAAAGAUAAACGAAUCAAUAUUUCAAAUAAGUGUCCUGAUACUGGCAGUUAGAUUAAUUAUCAACCUGAAAGCCAAAAUAUGUCCUUCACAAGUGUGAUUCCUUUUUGUUUACCUUAAUUUCUGUAAUCUCUUACUGGUGUGAUUUUGUAAUGUCAGCUUUCUACAAUGUCAUCCAAACUAGGUCAUAUCCACAACCAGUAACCAAGCUUACAAAAGUAGGCCAUUCCUUCUUGUAAUGGCUGGAAGAUAUGGUUAGUCUGUUGAACAUUGAUGGGUAUUUACAGCCUCAAGUGAGAGUGCCAAGUUCUGCAUUCUACUUGCCAUUCUUCCAGUCUUGAGGAGACGUUCACUACUGAUGAAUGCAAGAUGAAGUUUGAGGAUGUUCUGGUGGAGGUCAAUGGGUUUGGACGAUUCCAGAAGUUAAUCCUGAGUCUGAGCUUUCUGGGCCGUUUCACUUUACCUUGUCACUUCAUGUUAACUAACUUCAUAGCUGCUGUCCCAUCACAUCACUGUGACCUCAGUGGUCUGGAUACAGAAGGCGUCUUUGAGAAUCUGACUGCGGAGCAGAGGCUGGCGGUCAGUAUCCCGGCACGGGGAGAUGGGACACCCUCCUCAUGUCUGAUGUUCCCAGAGCCCCAAUUUCACCUGCUGGUCAACUCCUCCAACGCCACGACCCUUCCUGCAGGGCCAUGCCAGAAUGGAUGGGUGUUUGACAACAGCACUUUCAGAAGCACCCUGGCCUCCGAGUGGGACUUGGUGUGUGAGAAUAAAGGGUUGAAUAAAGCCACAGCCACCAUUUUCUUCAUAGGAGUGAUGUUUGGAGCUGUUACUUAUGGAAUUCUCAGUGAUAGAUAUGGGCGCAGGCCAAUGCUGUUGGUCUCGUAUGUGUCAGGGAUGGGCUUUGCAUUAAUCAGUGCUUUCUCUACCUCCUACAUAAUGUUUGCUGUGCUAAGAUUCCUUACUGGUUUUAGCAUCACAGGCAUCAUCAUUGUCUCCUCAGUGCUCAAUGUGGAAUGGGUGGAUGUUGGAAGCAGAAAGUUAGUAGGUGUGGUGGACAGCCUGUCAUGGACAUUUGGGGGAGUCUUUUUCCCCCUCAUUGCUUAUGGGUUUAGAGACUGGAGGUGGCUUACCAUUGCUGUGACCCUCCCUCUUAUUCCAGCCAUCAUAUCUUGGAGGUGGUUCCCAGAAUCAGCAAGGUGGUUAAUUGCCAGUGGGCAGCUGAAGAAGGCCCAGUUUUACCUUCAGAAAAGUGCCAAGAUGAACCAGAGAGAGGUUACCUCAUCAACCAAAGCAGAGAAUCUCGCCUUCAUCGUGGUGAAAGAGAAAGGAAGUAGGACGUACUCGUAUUUGGAUCUAGUUAGGACUCCCAAGAUGAGAAAACUGGCAAUGUUAACAGGCAUGACAUGGUUUGGAGUGGCAGCAACAUCCUAUGGGAUUGGUUUUAAUAUCACAGGAUUUGGAGUAGAUUUUUACCUCACCCAGUUCAUAUAUGCUGUUACUGAACUUCCUGCCAAACUCUCAGUGUACUACCUGCUGGAAAAGUUUGGCCGUCGGAAGACUGAAGCUGGUUCUCUCCUAAUUACAGGUGUCUGUCUAGGCAUCAACAUAUUUAUAUCCAAAGAUCGCAGAGUGGUUCGAACUAUAGUCGCAGUUUUGGCUAAAGGUUUUUCUGCUGUGUCUUUUUGCACAGUGGUUCUGUACAGCUCAGAGCUCUAUCCCACAGUAAUCAGGCAAAAUGGAAUAGGGUACAACUCCUUUAUGGCACGGGUAGGUGUGGCUUCAGCUCCUCUGAUCCUGCUCUUAGAGGAAGUUUGGACAAACCUCGCCCAAGUCGUCCUGUGCUCAAUUACUAUUUUAACCAGCCUAGUGGCCAGUUUUCUUCCGGAGACAAGGGGCAAGUGUCUUCCAGAAACCAUUGAGGAUAUUGAAGGGAAAAGGGAGGACCCUGUUGGAUCUCCAUCAGACGGAAGAAACAAAAUGAAUUAUGAAGAACCAACCUUCAUUUCAGACACAUGUACAGACUGAAGUGGAAUGUCUUCCUGCAUAAUGUCUUAGAAUUAUGGAUUAAUUUCCCUGUGAAAACAUUUGGGCUAAUUAAAACACAUUUGUAUGUA